AUAUUAUUUAAUAGUCACAAGAUGGCAAUAGUAUGUAUAGUUUUACAAGCUGGACUUUUCAAGGACUUUCAGCACUGCAAUAGUCCCAGGAAGCUGUUGCAUUUCACAACAAAGUUUGUUUUCCAGGAUACUCUGCAUCAAGAAUCAUUCAAGUUCAAGACCACAGCCUGUAUUGAUAGACAAACAUAAACCUGCAAUCUUCUCUUUCCCAUUUGGACAUUUGAUUAUUUUAUUUCUUUAUUACUUUAGUUCUCACAAUAACAUGAACAGCUUCUUCUUGUCUCUGUUAGUAGGCCUUCUUUUCAGUAAAGACUAUGUUAAACCUACAGAAAUAGACAGGAAGAAAUGGAAAGGUGAAGGUACCACACCUAACCUGGAGAGCAUUGUAAUUGGAAGGUGUUAUGAAUACAUUAGACUUGUGAAUCCUAAUGUUGGUGAGAAGAACUGUACAGAGAUAUGGGAAGCGUUCAAAAAUGCUUUUAUUAAUAAAGAUCCUUGCAACAUUUUACCAUCGGAUUAUGAGUUAUUUAUUAACCUGUCAGUGCACACAAUUCCACCUAACAAGGCUCUGUUCUGGGAAAAUAACCAUCUGCUGGUUACUAGCUAUUCUGAUAAAAGUCGUCGCUACAUGCCUCUGUGUGAUACUCUAAUUGCUUCAUUUGGAGAUUUCCUAAAUUGGUGUGGACAAGCAAAUGAUACUGGAUUUGAUUAUGAUUCCUGCCCUAUGACAGAAGAGUGUGAAAAUAAUGCAGUAGAAUCUUUCUGGAGGAUUGCAUCAAUCACUUAUGCAAAGCAGAGCUCUGGGGUCAUAUACGUUAUGCUUAAUGGUUCUGCAAUAGGAGGCGCCUAUCCAGUAAAAGGAUUUUUUGCAGACUAUGAACUACCUAAUCUCCAAAAAGACAGAAUUUCACGAAUUGAAAUUUGGGUCAUGGAUGACAUUGGGGGACCUGACUUGGAUUCCUGUGGGAAAGGCAGUGUACAAAUAUUAGAAGAGAGACUCAAAACCAUGGGUUACGACAUCACUUGCAUUGACAAUUACAAAUCUGUACUGCUGUUAAAAUGCCUGGAUUAUCCUUAUCACUCUGAUUGUUCUAUUUUUUCGUCUGCACCUUCCACACAAAGAAGACUUGUAUCUUCAGAAAGAGGCAACAGCUGGAGCAGGCUUAUUUAUACUAUUUUCGUAGCAUUUGUUUUUGAGAUCUGCUUUAACCCACUAAAUUAAUGUAUGUAAUUCAGUCCUUCAGUUUGCCUUCUCAUUGUCCAUCAAUUGGCAUCACCCUGUUUCUGAAUAUAAUUCCUCCCUUAAUUAA